AUGCCGCAGCUUAAUCCAUGUCCCUGGAUCUUUAUCCUCCUUAUAUCUUCUUCAUGGGCUGCCUAUGAUCAUUAUCGCUUACCUAGUUCCUUAGAACCUCUGCACUAUAACUUACGGAUCCUCACCCACUUAAAUAGUACAGAUCAAAGAUUCGAGGGUUCGGUAAAGAUAGAUAUUCUGGCCAGAGAAUCCACCAGGAAUAUAACUUUACAUGUGGCAUUCCUAAAGAUAGAGGAGGAGCGGACGUCACUUAGCUUCAAACAGGAAACAAACAGCAUUACUUCCAUCGAAACAAAUGAGUUAUAUAAUUUCUACAUCCUGCACUUGAGUCAAGAACUGGAAAAGGAUCAGAUCUAUCAGUUGGAAAUGCACUUUGCAGCCAAUUUAAAUGAUUCCUUAAGCGGCUACUACAAAAGUAAUUUCACAGAUGCUAUUACCAAGGAAGUUCAUCACCUGGCAGUCACUCAAUUCUCACCCACAUUUGCCAGGCAGGCUUUUCCCUGCUUUGAUGAGCCCUCCUGGAAAUCCACUUUCAAUAUUACCUUAGGUUAUCAUAGGGAUUACACGGGUUUGAGUGGUACUCCAGUUAUUGAAUGUCAAAAGCACGGUAGUCUUGAAAACUAUAUAUGGUGCGAUCAUGAAACACUUUUGAAAACUUCAACAUAUUUAGUGGCCUACUCCGUUCAUGACCUGAAGAAUGCAGCCACCAUAGCGGGUGAUACUAGGAAUAGAGUAACCUUCCGAAACUGGAUGCAGCAAAAGUUGUUGGAUCAGGACAUGAUAUCAAUGGAAAUUGCUCCCAAAUUGCUUGGCUUCUACGAGAACCUUUUCCAAAUUGAUUUUCCACUACGGAAAAUUGAUCAGCUUACGGUGCCUACACACAGAUUUACGGCAAUGGAAAACUGGGGACUGGUUACCUACAAUGAGGAGAGAUUACCCCAGAACCAAGGAGACUUUUUGCAGCAGCAAAAGGAUAUGACCGCCUCAACUGUGGCCCAUGAAUAUGCCCAUCAGUGGUUUGGAAAUCUGGUCACUAUGAAAUGGUGGAAUGAUCUCUGGUUGAAGGAAGGCCCAUCUACGUAUUUUGCCUACUUGGCGCUAGAUGGCUUACAACCUGAAUGGACCAGGGGAGAACGAUUUAUAGCUCGAGACUUGGCAAACUUUUUUGAAAAAGACUCGAAUGCUACCGUGCCUGCCAUCUCGAAGGAUGUUAAGAAUCCCACAGAGAUUCUGGGACAAUUUACAGAGUAUGUUUACCAGAAAGGAGCUCUGACCAUGCGAAUGUUGCACAAAAUGCUUGGAGAGGAGGCUUUCUUCCAGGGAAUUCGUUCGUUUCUGAGGAGGUACUAUUUAGGAAACGUGUCUCAAGGGGAUCUUUGGCAAUCCUUUCAGGAAGUUGCGCUGCAAAAGGGAAUUAUUUCUGAUAAACUUAAUCUGAGCAGUGUUAUGGAUUCCUGGACUCUGCAGGGUGGCUAUCCCUUGGUAACCCUCAUUAGGGAUUACCAAACAGGUAGGAUAACCAUUAAUCAAAACAGAUUCUUAAAGGGAAAUGAUAUGGUGAUAAAUUCAUCCUGCUGGUGGGUGCCUUUGACCUUUGUGAGGCAAAAUCUACCAGAUUUUAAUAGGACUUCCCCACAAUUUUGGUUGGAGUGUCCUUCGAUCACGAAAGUUAUCGAGUUGUCCGAUUUGCCAACCUCCGAUGAAUGGAUCAUUCUCAAUCCCCAAGUUGGCAACAUCUUCAGAGUUAACUAUGAUGAACAAAACUGGCACUUACUAAAGGAAACUCUCAAGAAUGAUCCCAAUUUCGGUGGCAUUCACAAACUGAAUAGAGCUCAGUUGGUGGAUGAUAUUCUGGCAUUGGCAGCUGGAAAUAUUCACAAAUAUGACAAGGCCUGCGAUCUUUUGGACUAUCUGAAAAAUGAAAGGGACUUUCUGCCUUGGCAAAGGGCUGUGGGUAUACUAAAUCGUCUGGGGGCUUUGUUAACUGGUGAGGAUGCUAGGAAAUUUAAAUUAUACAUGCAGAAGCUACUCUUACCCCUCUAUAAACGCUUUCCAAAGCUAUCAGGGAUAACAGAAUCAACCCCGGCCAUCAAGGAUAUCCAUUUUGCCCAUUUUGUAUAUACCCAGGCCUGUCGUUAUAACGUGGAUGAUUGUACCAGUCAGGUCAAGACUCUUACUCUAUCUCAUCGUAAUGGUUCCCGGGAUAAGCUGCCUUUGAAUUUCCAAAAGGUUGCCUACUGCUCGUUUCUGGAAGAAGGUGGCGAUGAGGAGUUCCAAGAGAUAUUCGGACUGUUCCAGAACUCUACGAAUGCAACCCAAAGAAGGAUAUGGGCUUCAUCAUUAGGUUGCACUCGUGAUUUCAAAAACUUUGAGAAGUUACUGAACCUAACCCUUCAAUCUGAUGAGAAACCUAUAAGUGAUUGUUAUGUCUUGGCAGUGGAAACAGCCUUGAGCAGAGAUGCUUUGGUUUCAUCAACAGGAGACUAUAUACUAAGUCAUGCUAAGGUCACGGGUGAAAAAUUCAAAAAGCGAGAGCUUACAGGACUACUGCUCAGUUUGGUAAGAAAUUUCCAAAGUCCCGAGAAAGUGGAAGAACUUAAAGAAAGGUUAAGGGACAUCAAGCAGUUUGAAGAACCUCUGAAAAAGGCAAUUGACCAGGUCAAGAUAAAUCAAAAGUGGCAAAAGGAUUGCUCAGAUGAUUUUAGUAAGGCUCUAGGACAGCGUAUAUAA